GCAGGGCGCGGUGGCCCCGCGGAGCAGGCGUCGCGGUCCCUUCGGCUCCGCCGGGGCCGGCGCUGCCCAAGCCCCCGCCGGGCUCCCGCGGCCAGCGGCUGCGGGCGGAGCUCGGUCCUUCCCGGCGGUUCCGGCCCGGUACCAGCCCGCGCCGCUGGCGGGCUCGCUGGCGGCUCCCCCAGGCUGCAGGCGGCCUGCGGGCCCCGAGCCCCGGCGGCCCCGCGGUGCAGACGUGCGGGACGCGGCUGGCGGGGCGCUGCCCCCCCCGGUGCCAGGCUGGCGCGGAGCCUGGCGUGCUGCUCCCUGGCGGCCUCGGAGCUGCGUUCUGCGGCUGUAAAAAGCCGCUGCUGAGCUUCGGAGAACUGCGAACGUCUUCAGAGCCCGGGCGCCGGCACGGAUCUGCGGGGUCCCGCGGCAGCGCAGUGCUGGGCUGUGCGCGGGGCUGUGCGCAGGGCUGUGCGCGGGGGCUGCGCGGGGGAGCGCCCCGCCAAGCGCAGGGGCCACCCGCGGCUGGCAGCGUCGGGGCCGAGAGGCAGCUUUGGGACUUGUUUGCAUUGGGGAUCGCACUGCCGGUUUCCGUGUUUGUACCUUUACGUGCCCUCCUCUAGGACUUCACGAGGUGUUGCACAGCCGCAGCCAGGGCUCCCCCGGCCGGCCAGGGUGGUGCGGCGGAGCUCACCGGCUCAGCCCUGGCGUCGGAGCUGUGUGUUCGGCACUGCUCGUGGGGCCCAGCAAAGGGUGAAAGCUUUCCAGCUGUUCAGCAUGUUUAGGAGAGACUUGAGACCUGAUUCUUGGUUCUUCAGCUUUCUGGUCGGUAAUCUGUCCAGGAGCCUCUUUGCCUUUGCAGCCCUUGCCAAGAACCAGACUUCUAAAGAUUUUGUUCCUGUCACAAUUGAGACCUCAAGACACGUGUACGAAUAUGUGACCACUGCUUUGAACUGGUGGCAUGCAGAUAGAUACUGUGAACAACGCUUUGCUCAGCUGCUUUUUGAACCCCAAGACAGUGAGCAAGCUUCCUUUAGCAAACUGCUGCAGUCCCACCAUAUCAGAGGUUCCAUCUGGCUAAAUGAAAGGGAUGGUGUCCUGCACAAACCAAAAUGGAGACGGGACCACGUUGCACCAGUCCUGAUAUUUGGAGACAAAACAGACACAAAAUAUGUGAAGGUGCUCUCUGACUUCCCAGGACUGCCUGCUGUCACAGCCUGCGCCCACCUCCAGUGGGACACCAGGACCCAGGAGAUUGCUACCAUCUUCUCCUACGCUGUGCCAGCUUUUAUUAACGAGUUCCAGGUCCGUGGCUUUGUCGACGAGGAAGGCUUUGUUCGAUUUGCUCUCAUAGUCCACGGGCACCAUUCCCCAUACCUGCCAGUGUUCCGUGCCGAUGGACAGUGGCAUCAUUUUUGCGUGACCUGGCAGCAGGAAAACGGGACCUGGGCCAUCUAUGCUGACGGUAAAAGGAGGGCAUCUGCCAGCGGUUUGUGUGCUGUGGGACCAUCUUCCCCCCAGGCCAUCUACGGCCAGGGGACUUUGAUAAUUGGGCAGGAUCAAGAUUCCCUGGGGGGCACCUUCAGGGAGAAGGAAUCCUUCAGUGGGAACAUUACUGACUUGCACAUCUGGCAGAAAGUCCUCAGCGUGGAGCAGAUUGAGAAAGUUCGGUCAUGCUGGGUAGUAGAGCAAGACCUUGUGUUUGGGUGGAGCUCCAAUGCUCUGGAGAUCGAGAGCAGCGUUCAGGAGGUGACCGCACAGUUUCUUUGCCCAGGGCCUGUUGAGGAAUGCCGAGUUUUUGAAGUUGGCAGCAGUGGAUUCAGUUACACAUCUUGUUUGCAGACUUUGCCUUUUAUCUGUCGCUACAGAAAGGAUGCAUACUGGCAACUGAAAAAAGCUCAGCUGGAAUCCAGCCGCUCGCUUGUUGGCCGUGUGAACACGCUUGCAGAGAGGACUGUGAUUCCUGAGAAUAUCUUCACAAGUGAUGUCCAAGACAUGAACCUCUCUGUUGCUCUUGGUGCUCUUGAUCUCUUGGCAACUGUUCUGAGGGAAGGAGAGACACCCAUGCUGGAGUCGUCUGAUCUCCUUGCAGUGCUUCAAUUACUAAAGCAAGUUUCUGAUGUGGAAGUCCAGGAGGGAGAGGAGCUGGAGAUGCUGGAGCAGUUGGGCCAGUAUUACGUGGAAGUGACUGAGUUAAUCCUGAAAGAGCAGAAUAUUGAAACGUGGUCAUCAGUCAGCCAGGUUAUCAGCGGGCCCAUGGCUGUUGUUGAGCUCUGCGACAGAGUGGUGUCACACUUAGCCCCACUGCUGACUGCAGGGAGGACAAAGAUCACGAUCCAGCAUGGGAACGUUGGGAUGGAGGUCAGGAAGCUGGAGCUGAGCAGGCAGGAGAUGAGCAGUGAGGCGUACCUGGUCCAGAGCCCUGAGAAGGGCAGGCACGACCUCAUUGAAGUUCCUGCAGAAGAAAUGCAAAGACUGAAAGCCAGAGGUCUUCGCAGAGUCAUGGUGAAAAACAUGUGGUUUGGCUACGGAUCCCUGCAGCGCUGCCUGUCCAGUGCGGGCAGCGGCGCUGUCUUCCAGGACAUGGCUGCUUCUGAUGGAGAACAGAAGUACCUGCGCACCGCGGUGGGCACUGCCGUGAUCUCGUCCGCUCUGCUCAGCGACUUCCAGGAGAUCAGCACAUCUGUGCGCUACCGCCUGCAGCACCGUGCCCAGGACCUGCCCAAUAAGCUGGUGGGGCCCAUCUGUGCCUUCUGGAACUUCAGCCUCAGCCCAGAUGCUGGUGGGAUGUGGUCCACAGCUGGCUGCUCUGUGGUGACAUCUCUCCCAGACUCCACUGCCUGUUUUUGCAACCAUACCACGAAUUUUGCUGUCCUGCUGCAGGUGUAUGAGAUGCAGAGGACCACCAAGGAGGAGCUCACACUGCAGACCUUGACUUUUAUUGGAUGUGGCGUUUCCUUCUGUGCCUUGAUAGUUACCUUCAUUUUAUUCUUGGCAGUUGGUGUCCCCAAGAGUGAACGAACAACCGUGCACCAGAACCUGAUCUUUGCGUUAGCGGCAGCAGAAGCUCUGCUCAUGUUCAGUGAGUUGGCCAAGACCAACCAGGUGGUGUGUUUCACCGUCACUGCCUGCCUUCAUCUCUUCUUCAUGGCAGCCUUUUCAUGGAUGCUGGUAGAGGGGCUUCUCCUAUGGAGCAAAGUGGUAGCAGUCAACAUGAGUGAAGACAGGAGGAUGAAAUUCUACUACGUGACAGGCUGGGGGCUUCCAGUCGUUAUCGUGGGUGUGACCCUCGCAACUUCCUUUAACAAGUAUGUGGCAGACAACCACUGCUGGCUGAACGUCCAGACCAACGUCAUCUGGGCCUUUGUUGGCCCUGUUCUCUUCAUCCUGGCCGUGAACACCUUUGUGCUGUUCCGGGUGGUGGUGGUGACUGUGUCCAGUGCUCGCAGGAGAUCAAAGAUGCUGACGCCCAACAGCAGCCUGGAGAACCAGAUUGGAAUACAGAUAUGGGCCACGGCCAAGCCCAUCCUGGUGCUGCUGCCUGUGCUGGGGCUGACCUGGGUCUGCGGGGUCCUUGUCCACCUCAGCAUCAUUUGGGCCUACAUCUUCAUUGUGCUGAACUCCCUCCAGGGCCUGUACAUAUUCCUUGUCUAUGCAGUCUAUAACAGCGAGGUGAGGAAUGCCAUCCAGAGGAUGAAGGACAAGAAGAAAGCACUCUCGUUCACAAACUGCUCUCAUCCCAUCAACUACUUAUCAAGUCCAAGAAACACGACCUCCUGGGAGACAGGGAAACCGAGUCCUUCUGCAGCUGAGAGUGCCUUGUCGAGCCCUGUGCAGAAAGACACUCCAGUGAAGAACAUCACCAACAAAGGAAAUUUUGGAGCCAAAAUUCCGAUGGGGAUUUCAUCAAUUAUGUCACCCGAGAGACCGGCUGUAGAGCUGACAGCAUUCAAGUCCUCAGGUUGUAGAAAGGCCAAUGUCACCGUGGAGGUGGGUAGAAUUAAAACCAGAAAUCCCUCCUAAGCCCCAGACCUCUGCUCACAGCAGUGCUGGGGAGAGGCCAGCCAGCCAGAGCUCCCUGCUCCCUCCCCGGCUUCCCUGCCUGGCUUUGGGCAAGUCACCAGCUCCUCCGGGUACGGGUGCAGCAUAUUUCACUUUAUUUUUUUACCAACUGCUGCCAAUUACUCUCGGCACUCUCAGUACAGUCUCUGGAUGGGGUCACUCAAGCAGACAGUGCAGUGAAGAAGCACCAGGAAUGGAUUGAUACUAUUUUUUCUGCAUUGUUACAUUUUCUUUUGUCAAAAGAAGCAGUGCAUUAGCAGGUUUCUGAUUUUGCUCCACAUUAAGUGUCUAAGCAGGGCAUGCUUAGACUAUUUUCGAGACGAUGCCACCCAGAAGCAUUGCAGCUUUCUUCCCCACAGUGGACACAUGAGCAAGGCAGAAACGGUGGCAUCCAGGAGUAGAUGUGCUGCGGCAUUUCAGGUGUAGGCGUGGGGUCUCAGAGACAGCAAGACCUACACCCAGCACGUGCAUUUGUGCUCUGUCCCCCCGCCCCACUCUCACCCUCACCUGCUCCUGCAUAUUUCAAUCUAGCCACAUGUGUAAUUAAACUCCAGCUGUGCAAAGAGGCGGGUUGUUUAGUUUGGUUUUGUUUU